AUUCAUUUCGGCACAACGUUUGCUACGUUGCGUGACGGUUUGCACUGAUCGACACGUUUCCCUAAAACGGUGCACAGUGUUUUUCAACAUCCUUUGAGGUACGUUUCCUCCGGUUUGGUGGAUGUGGCGAGGUGUGUUCCUGAUCAAUAUGGUAAUAUCCAUGUGAAAUCGCAGAAGUCGCUCAGUACAGUAACUUCAGGACUAGGCUUCCGUUUAAUCAAACGUUCCGUCGUUCUGAACGCACCCAUGGUUCCUCGUUGUGGGUUUUUGGGUGGGUUUUGCUAACGCUUAACCCAGACUGGCACAAAACCAUACCCGAGUUCCCAAUUCUGUGCUAGGUAGCUACAUGCAAGUUACUGUAGGGUCCGCAGUCUAAGGCAAGCAUGACCGAAAGCUCCGCGAACAAGCCGGCGAAUGGAGAAGUUUUUCACCGAGCGAAGAACGGCCUUAAACCGGGAAGAAACGGCUUCGUAAAAAAUCAUCAUCAUUAUUACCAUCAUCAGCAGCCGAAGUACUGCUAUCCCGAGGACAAGGUGCAGCAUACAUCGUAUAAUGGCAGCAGCGGCCUGGGCCUGCACAGCUGUCACUUCAACGAGUCGUUUGAGGAGACUCCCAUGCUGGUGGCGGUACUCACCUACUUUGGCUAUGGCAUCCUCACCAUCUUCGGUUACCUCCGAGACUUCCUCCGGAACUGGAAGAUCGAGAAGUGUCACAUCGCUUGCGAGAGGGAGGAGCAGAGGGACUUUGUCCCACUUUACCAGGACUUUGAGAACUUUUACACCAGGAACUUAUACAUGCGGAUCCGUGACAGUUGGAACCGGCCCAUCUGCAGUGUCCCGGGGGCUAAGGUGGACCUGGUGGAGCGUGUGUCACACGAUUACAACUGGACCUUUGACUAUACAGGCAGAGUGGUAGGAGGUGUGAUCAACAUGGGUUCCUAUAACUACCUGGGCUUUGCUGAGAACACUGGUUACUGUGCCACUGCCGCCGCAGAGGUUACCAUGAAGUAUGGGGUGGGGAUAGCCAGCACCAGGCAGGAGAUGGGUAACUUAGACAGACAUGAGGAGAUGGAGAAGCUGGUUGCUAAGUUCCUGGGUGUGGAGUCGGCCAUGGCGUUCGGGAUGGGCUUCGCUACCAACUCCAUGAACAUUCCUGCCCUCUCUGGCAAGAGCUGUCUGAUCCUGAGUGAUGAGCUGAACCAUGCCUCUCUGGUCCUGGGAGCCAGGCUGUCUGGGUCCAUCAUCCGUGUCUUCAAACACAACAACAUGGUGAGUCUGGAGAAGAUGUUGAGAGACGCCAUCGUCCAUGGCCAGCCCAGAACACACCGGCCCUGGAAGAAGAUCCUCAUUCUGGUGGAAGGAAUAUACAGUAUGGAAGGCAGUAUAGUACGUCUACCUGAAGUCAUAGCUCUGAAGAAGCGCUACAGGGCCUUUCUGUACCUGGAUGAGGCCCACAGUAUUGGGGCUCUGGGGCCGGGGGGCCGAGGUGUGGUUGACUACUUUGGUCUGGACCCCAGAGACGUGGACGUGAUGAUGGGGACGUUCACCAAGAGCUUCGGAGCUGCGGGGGGCUACAUCGGAGGCAGAAGGGAGUUGAUAGAGUACCUGCGGUCCCACUCUCACAGUGCGGUGUACGCUGCGUCCAUGUCAUCUCCCGUCGUGGAGCAGAUCAUCACCUCCAUGAAGUGCAUUAUGGGGGAGGACGGGACGGCGAUAGGUCGUGAUCGCGUGCAGCAGUUGGCAGAGAACACGGUGUAUUUCCGUCGGCGACUGACAGAGAUGGGCUUUAUCAUCUACGGCAACAACAACUCGCCUGUAGUUCCCAUGAUGCUCUACAUGCCCUCCAAGAUAGGGGCAUUUGGUAGAGAGAUGCUGAAGAGGAACAUCGGGGUGGUGGUGGUGGGCUUUCCAGCCACACCCAUCAUCGAGUCAAGAGCGCGAUUCUGUAUCUCUGCUGCUCACACCAAAGACAUGCUCGACACGGCGCUGAGUGCCAUCAGUGAGGUGGGAGACCUACUGCAGGUCAAGUACUCCAGACACAGGAGACUGCCCUCUCUGGACCGAGCCUUCGACCACAGCAUCUAUGACCAGAUGAAAGACUGAACUGGACUAGACUGGACCAAACCAGAUUAGACCAGAUUGGACUGGCAGUCUUCCACACCCAGAGCCACUUGAUACACCUUAACACAAGGUUUUUAACUUCACAUGCCUGCCUUAUUGGACAAGGAAGCUCAGUGUCAUGGCAAAGAAGAAAAAAACAUGGGGAAAGUUUAUUUUAAAACAAAUGAUUAUUUGUUACCUCUGUUUUGUCUUAUAUAAUGACAUGUUGGGUCUGUUUCUUAACGUAUUGUGGCAUUUUAUUUUCUGAAGAAUUAGCACACUGAGGACUCCUUAUGUGUGCUUAUAGCUGCUGUAUGUCAUGGGUUGGGGUUGAGGACUCCUUAUGUGUGCUUAUAGCUGCUGUAUGUCAUGGGUUAGGGUUGAGGACUCCUUAUGUGUGCUUAUAGCUGCUGUAUGUCAUGGGAUAGAGUUGAGGACUCCUUAUGUGUGCUUAUAGCUGCUGUAUGUCAUGGGUUAGGGUUGAGGACUCCUUAUGUGUGCUUAUAGCUGCUGUAUGUCAUGGGUUAGAGUUGAGGACUCCUUAUGUGUGCUUAUAGCUGCUGUAUGUCAUGGGUUAGGGUUGAGGACUCCUUAUGUGUGCUUAUAGCUGCUGUAUGUCAUGCUCUAUCAUUAAGGAUGUGCAUCUUUCCCUUUCAAGACGAUACGAUACGUUUCUAGAUACAUGGGCUCCAAUACGAUACAGGAACAAUACUUUUUAGUUUGAAACAAUUCGGUUUGAUUAGAGAACGAAUCGAUGCGAUUCGGUUAGAUGCGAUACGAUUCGAUGCACUAACAUUUGUUGCAUAAAACCACAUUCCUUUUCCGUUCUAAAUUAUAAUCUCCUGCUGAUGGAGCUCCUGAGCUGGGCCUCUCUGAGCUGGAUCUGUCUGAGCUGGAUCUGUCUGAGCUGGAUCUGUCUGAGCUGGAUCUGUCUGAGCUGGAUCUGUCUGAGCUGGAUCUGUCUGAGCUGGAUCUGUCUAAACUGCGUAUUGAUGAAUCGUCACAUCUCUAUCUACCAUGUCCUCUCAGACGAGGUGUGCUAGGGAGAAACUGUGAUUUGGAAAGACCAACCUAACUGUAGCUACUGCGUAUUGUAUGAUCUCUUUUCGCACAGCCACGUUUUUAGAAAUCACAGUGAGUUUGUUUGCGUUGAUUUAUGUUGUUGUUUUUUGUUCCUCCCUCCAUCGCCCCUCAGCCGUUACAGCCUGCAGGUAGGAACAGGGUCUUACUUGAAUCUCUUAACCGUCGUUUCUCUUGCUUUGCCAAAGUAUUUAAGAUUCUAUUUUAUUUACAGAGGACUAUAUCACACAAUUUGUUCAGAGUGAGAGACGUUGUAACCAAGGCUUUUACUUUGAGAUUAGCUAUGUGCACAGCAUCACUCCUCCUGAAAUCCACUAGACCUGGGUUCAUCCCAGGCUGUUGCAGCUGUAGCUCCCAGCCACAGAUCUAGGAUCAGAUGAUUCUACCCCUGAUUCUAACCUUAUCAAUAGGGAGAUGAAACACUAUCUGAUCCUGUAUCAGUGGUAAGGGGGAACCUCCACCCACUGGUGUAUCCAGGGCAACAGUCUGGUAUCCAGGGCAACUGAUCUAUCAGAUGGGGGAGCGGGGCUGCCUUUUAUGAUUUCACAAAGAGCUUUGGAUAAAAUAUCCAGAUAUGGGGCAUCUGAUAUCAGAUAAACACAUUUUUUAUUGUUUAUUUGGAACAAGAUAAGAUCCAAGUACAAUCUCCUUGAUUCAUCUCUUGAGCUUGCCCUUCUUACUAAAAAGGCCUUAGUUGUCGUUAAAUCUUUGAUUUCAACACUGCCUUGUCUUAUUCACUUUUGGCUCUCUAACCAACACUAGCUUACUAUGGAAUGUGCUUUGACUGUAUCAGAUGUCCUGUUAUAUGAGCGAGAGAUGGGUUUAUUGUACAUUUAUUCAUGUUUCCCAGUUUUUUCUCAAUUUGGGAAAAUUUGAACUUCUAUAUCAACGGCAGCUCUGAAACCAUGUCCUGCAUGCACAGUACAUUUACAUCUCACUGGUUUACACGGCCCAUGCCCUCAGUGCAACCACUACUGAUAACUAUGUUAUAUUGUUUGUAAUGCCCUUCUGACGCAUGUACAGUUUGACGUAGUCGCUAACGCUGCUAGUAUACCAAGAAACAAGGUGCUCAACUGUACACACUACACGCUACACGCUACACACUACACACUACACACGCUACACGCUACACGCUACACACUACACACU